CGUAGCUCAGCGCGUGGUCGAGAAGUCCGGAAGGGGGUUGGGCGCGAUUUCCGGGGAGCCGGCAAAACUGUGCGCUGCCCUGGAGGACUGAGAUUCGCGGCCUGUAACCGACAGAUCUAAUUCGGCAUGUUUCGGAUCGAGAACCUGGGGCCGAAGCUAGACCCGGAGGAACUGAAGCGCAAGAUGCGCGAGGACGUGGUCUCCUCGGUCCGCAACUUUCUCCUCUACGUGGCCCUGCUGCGCGUCACACCCUAUAUUUUAAAGAAUGUUGGACAGCAUAUGAAGAUCAUGGUAGAAGAGAGACAAUGGCAUGUGAGAGCAUGAACUUCAGAAUAUGGUUUCAAUUUCUCUUCCAUUUGCUAAUCAACAGGCACAAAAAGACAUCAGAGACUUCUGGUACUGAAUAGAUAUGAAAACUCCACUUACUAAGAAUGAGUUUGAACCUCGGUGAAAAAUGCCAACAACUGAAAGAAGCAUGAUAG